GGAAAAUGCCGCGUCGCUGAUUGGCUGCACGCUUACGUUAGCAAGAAGGAGUUGGCAUUCGAGCCCUGAGGGUCCAGCAAGGUUCGCAAACGCAGCACAUCUCCAAAGCAAUCAUGUCGAAGAAAGCUACCCCAAAGCAAGACCCUGCCGAAAAGCCCGAGGGCGCCGAGGAUGUCGAUGAGGAGCAGGAGCAGGGAGGAACUCGCGGCCAGGCGAACAAGGACAUGAAGAACGUGUCCGGCUUCGACGACGAGGGCGGUGAUAAUGUGGACGAGGACAAGCUGGGGAAGGCGAUGAACUUCCUGACAGACGUCAACAACAAGCAAAAGGCACAAAAGACCUCGCGCGAAAAGGAGCUCGAAAAGGUGGUCGUUGCCAAGGAGGACAUAGAUGUAGUGAUGAACGAGUUCCAGAUCCCCAGACUCCAGGCAGAGCGCGCAUUACGGGAAAACCGAGGGAACCUGCCGGAUACAUUGAAGGCGCUUGUAUCUGUAGCAUGAAUGCUGGGAUCCCUGAGGGCUUAGGCGAACGGCUUAUACUGGCGUAGGAGAGGGGAAUACCGUCAUUUUGGCAAAGUUACGAGAUGUGUAGGACGGACGAUCUGUGCACACUGCUUCAAGGGAUCGC